UAAUCUAUGGUAAUGUUUUUUAUUCAAAAACCACAUCAUAUAGAAAUGUCUUUAUGAUAUAAGGUUAAAGAGUUUAGCAGAGAUUUUUUUCAGUUGCGCCAUUUCUAAUAAUCACAACUGCUACACCUCUGUAUAAAGUCGUUUUUAAAGAUGGAGGAGAUUACUUUGAUGAAAUUCUGCACAUGGAACAAGGAUGAGAUGGAAACUGAAAUAUUAGCUGCCAAGGAUCUUGCUUCAGAAGAGCUUCCUCCAAAACGACGAAGAGGAAGGCCAAAAGGAAGCAAAAAUAGGGGUUCCUACAGAAAGGGACCCAUAAAGUUUGAGGAUGUGGCAGUUUAUUUCAGUGAGGAUGAGUGGAAUUAUUUGGAAGAUGGACAAAAGAACCUUUAUAAAAAUGUCAUGAUGGAAAAUUAUUAUACCGUCAGCUCAGUUGGUUGUGCAAAUGAAAAGCCAAAGAUUAUUGUUAAAAUUGAGCAAGGAGAGAAAACUUAUUUAGGUCAUACACCUGAAAAAACAAAAUAUGUUUCCAUGCUGCGAAAUGCUAGAAGAGAUCAGCCUUUAGAAUUACAAUCCUCAAACUUGAAUUUAAAAAAUGUUCAGACGCAUAGACGAGAGAAAAGAUUAAAUGUUCCAAAACAGUUACCACAGGAAUGUGAAUCUUCUCAUAAUCCUCAAGUGACAGAUGCCAAAUCAAACCAUCCUGAUGUAUGUACUGUGGCUAAAUUGACUCAUCAGAAGAAAGGAUUUAAUGCAAAAACUCCAGUAACCUACCAAAAUACUCAAGGAAAUGAAGACAAAGGUUUUACUGAUGAUGAUAAUGAUGAUGAUGAUGAUGAUGAAGUGAAGGAGGAAGAUGAUGAUAAUGAUGAUAAAGAUUAUGUGAUUAACUCAAGUACCAAAAUAAAAAGACAUUAUAUAUGUAGUCAGUGUGGGAAAAGCUUUGGUCGCAGCUCAGUCCUUCGGAGACAUCAAAGAGCUCACUCAGGUGUAAAACCAUACCUCUGUACUGAAUGUGGAAGAGACUUUGUCCAAAAAUCCCAGCUUAUUGAACACCAACGAACUCACACAGGGGAAAAACCAUAUGCAUGCCCUGAAUGCAACAGAACAUUUAGCCUCAGUUCACAUCUUGUCCAACACAGAAGAAUUCACACAGGAGAAAGGCCUUACAUUUGCUCAGAAUGUGGGAAAAGUUUUAUUCGGGGUUCCGAUCUUGUCCAACACCGGAGGACCCAUACAGGUGAAAGGCUGUUUGCUUGUACAGAAUGUGAAAAAAGGUUUACCCAUAAAUCAGCCCUUCGCCAACACCGUAGAAUCCACUCGGGGGAGAGGCCAUAUUGCUGCGAUAAAUGUGAGAAGAGCUUUAAUCACAGCUCACACUUAGUAAGACAUAUGAGAACUCACACUGGAGAGAAGCCAUACAAAUGCACAGAAUGUGGGAAAACCUUCACUGAUAGUUCACAUUUGGUUAAUCACCAGAGAACACACACCGGUGAGAAACCAUAUAUUUGCAAUGAAUGCGGAAAAAGUUUUACAUACAAUGCAGGUCUUAUACUACACAGAAGAACUCAUACUGGAGAGAGACCAUAUAUAUGUAACAAGUGUGGGAAAAGUUUUAAAGGAAGCACACACCUUUUAAGGCAUAUGAGAAUUCACACAGGCGAAAGGCCAUAUGCAUGUUCCGAGUGUGGGAAAACGUACACUGACAGUUCUCAUUUGGUCAGUCAUAAGAGAAAACAUACAGGAGAAAAACCUUACUCUUGUUCCAUAUGCGGAAAGUGUUUUGCUAUGAAAGCACACCUUACACAACACCACAUUAUUCACACUGGGAAGAGACCAUACGAAUGUAGCGAGUGUGGAAAAAACUUCACUUGGUACACUGCAUUAAUCCAGCAUCAGCGAAUUCAUGUUGGAGAGAGACCAUAUGAAUGCAGUGAAUGUGGAAAAGGAUUUGCUCAGAAAUCCACUCUUUCUGUUCAUAAAAGGACUCACCGGGAACAGUUGGCCAUGUGCAGUAUUUAAUAUGAAUGUUUUAUUUACAUUUACUUGGGUAGGAUAAUUUGCCUUGUAACUGUAUUUUUUAAACCAUGACACAACCACCAGUAAACUAAACUUUAGAGCUCUUGCCUGAA